AUGAGUCUGUUGUGGCUCCACCCCAUUUUCCCUGCCCGCUCCCUCCAGGUGGCAGACAUGGAGGAGGUGACCAUCUGGGAGCAGCAUACGGCCACACUCAACAAGGACCCCCGCAGGGGCUUUGGCAUUGCUAUCUCUGGAGGCCGAGACCGGUCCAGUGGCUCUGUGAUUGUGUCAGACGUAGUGCCUGGGGGACCAGCUGAGGGCCAGUUGCAGACAGGGGACCAAAUUGUCAUGGUGAAUGGAGUCUCUAUGGAAACUGUCACCUCCACCUUCGCCAUCCAGAUACUGAAGACUUGCACCAAGCUAGCCAACAUUACAGUGAAGAGACCCCGGAAGAUCCAGCUACCGACCACCAAGGCAAGCCCCUCGAGCCCAGGCCACCUGGACUCAGAUGAGGAGGAUGGACACCAACGUCUCAAUGACACUGACCAUGGCCAAGGCUACGAAGGCGACUCGUCCAGUGGCUCGGGCCGCUCCUGGGGUGAGCGUUCCCGCAGACCUAGGGCUGGCCGCCGGAGUCGCGCUGGCAGCCAUGGGCGCAGGAGCCCUAGUGGCGGCUCCGAAGCCAAUGGGCUGGCCCUGGUGUCCGGCUUUAAGCGGCUCCCAAGGCAGGACGUGCUGAUGAAGCCCAUGAAGUCAGUGCUGGUGCGGCGGAAAGAGAGUGAAGAGUUUGGGGUCAAAUUGGGCAGUCAGAUCUUCAUCAAGCACAUCACGGAUUCGGGUCUGGCUGCCCGGAACCGGGGGCUGCAGGAAGGAGAUCUUAUCCUACAGAUCAACGGGGUAUCCAGCGAGAAUCUGUCAUUGAGCGACACACGACGGCUGAUUGAGAAGUCGGAAGGGAAGCUCACCCUGCUGGUGCUCAGGGAUCGGGGGCAGUUCUUGGUGAACAUCCCACCCGCGGUCAGCGACAGUGAGAGCUCCCUCCUGGAAGAUAUCUCAGACCUGGACUCCGAAUUCUCUCAAGCACCACCCUCUCAUGUCCCUCCACCGCCCCGGCAUAGGCAGCGAAGCCCUGAUACUAGCCGGACCUCCUCACCUGUGGAGAGACCCCGACUUCAGCAGAUGCGAUCUGUGGACUCCAGAGCUGCCUCAGAACCAGGUGAGAUGGGGGGUGACUCUCCCCAAGAAACCAGCUAUGACAUCUACCGGGUACCCAGUGGCCAGAACAUAAGGGAUCAUGGGUAUAGUCCUGAUGCACGGGUGGUCUUCUUCACCAAGGGGGCCAACAUUGGGCUGCGGCUGGCUGGGGGCAACGACGUGGGCAUCUUCGUGUCAGGGGUGCAGGCGGGCAGUGCGGCUGAUGGGCAGGGCAUCCAGGAGGGGGACCAGAUCCUGCAGGUGAAUGACAUGCCCUUCCGGAACCUGACGAGGGAGGAGGCUGUGCAGUUCCUGCUGGGACUGCCCCCAGGCGAGGAGGUGGAACUAGUGAUGCAGCGGAAGCAUGACAUCUUCCAGAAGAUGGUGCAGUCCCGUGUGGGUGAUUCCUUCUACAUACGAACCCACUUCGAGAUGGAGCCCAGUCCCCCACAUGGCCUGGGCUUCACGCGUGGCGAUGUCUUCCACGUGGUGGAUACAUUGUACCCAGGCUCCGGGCAGAGCCAUACCCGAGGGGGCCACUGGCUAGCAGCCCGCAUGGGUCGGGACCUCCAGGAGCAGGAGCGAGGGACCAUUCCCAACCAGAGCAGGGCAGAGCAGCUGGCCAGUCUGGAGGCUGCCCAGAGGGCUGUGGGGGUCGGGCCCGGCUCUUCGGCCAGUUCCAACGCAAGAGGAGAAUUCUGGCGGCUGCGGGGUCUUCGUCGUGGAGCCAAGAAGACCACCCACCAGAGCCGCGAGGACCUGUCAGCUCUGACCAAGCAGGGUCACUACCCGCCCUAUGAGCGAGUGGUGCUGCGAGAAGCCGGCUUCAAACGCCCGGUGGUGAUCCUGGGACCCGUGGCAGAUAUUGCGAUGCAAAAAUUGGCUGCUGAGAUGCCUGAGCAGUUUGGAAUCGCAGAGAGCGUGUUGAGGACUGAGAGCCCCUCGAAGAUCAUUAAACUGGACACUGUGCGGGUGAUUGCAGAGAAUGACAAGCACGCACUCUUAGAUGUGACGCCCUCGGCGAUCGAGCGUCUCAAUUACGUGCAGUACUACCCCAUUGUGGUCUUCUUCGUCCCGGAGAGCCGCUCGACCCUCAAGGCUCUGCGGCAAUGGCUGGCCCCUGCCUCGCGACGUAGUUCCCGCCGCCUCUACGCACAGGCCCAGAAGCUGCAGAAGCAUAGUGACCACCUUUUUACAGCCACCAUCCAUCUGCACGGCACCAGUGACUCUUGGUACCAGGAGCUCAAGGCGGCCAUCCGAGAGCAGCAGAUGCAGCCCGUCUGGACAGCCGAGGACCAGGUGGACAGCUCCUCCGAGGACAACCUGGACCUCCCUCUCCGUGGCUUGGCUGACAGCUCAGCCGACCUCAGCUGUGACAGCCGCGUCAACAGUGACUAUGAGACAGACGGUGAGGGAUACACUGACGGUGAGGGAUACACUGAUGGUGAGGCUGGGCCCCGCGUGGACGUGGCCAAGAGGCCCCUAGCAGUACCUGCACUGGCCCGAUCCUCAGAGCCCGUGCUGCUGGACGAGCCCCAGAGUCCACGGGACCAUGGGAGAUCCUCAGCCCACCUGGGAGCCCAGGUGGGCAGCCAGAGCCCUCAUGGUCAGUGGCGACAAGACAGCAUGCGGACAUAUGAGCGGGAGGCCCUGAAGAAAAAGUUUACACGAGUCCGAGACGUGGAGUCCUCUGAGGAAGAGGGUUAUGAUUGGGGCCCGGCCACUGACCUGUGA